AUGUCAGUUUAAGCUUCAAAAGAACUCGUUAAAGAAAACCAAAUUAUCAAUUCAAAACACUAUUGCGAAAUUUUGAACGCCAUAGAUGAAUAUUUAUAAAUAAUAAAAUUAGAGAAUGGCAUGUUUGGAAUUAAAACAUCUGAUUCCACCUAUUAGAUUUCUGUCAAUUCAACAAAUUAAAUACACGAUUUUAAAGACGUUUUAAUAAUUUAGGAUGAAAAAGAAAUAGAUAUAAAUGUGUAUUUUAAUUUUGCUGAUUAUUAGAUAAAGAGCAAUUUCGUUGACGGUGUAUUAUAUAAGCAAAUCAAAUUUAUUAUUAACACAGAGAAUCAAAUAUAUUUAAAUAUAAUUACAAUUUCACAGACCUAAUUCAAAGAAUUUACGAUAAAGAAUUUUGGUAAAAUUAAUUUUAGAUAAAAAUCUGAAGAUCCUAAAUCAAUUUUCCUAUCAAUGAUUUUUAUAACACUUUAGAACAUUGAAUUACAAAUAGAAAGUAUUAUUGGAAACUUCAAUCAAUUAAAUAAAAUUUGCAAGAUAAAUGAAUGUAAAACUGAUCUAAAGUUACAAAGUUUAAUAGAAAAUAUAGAUGUUUAUUAAAUAUACCCCUAAAAUAUAUUAAAAGCCUAGUUUUCAAAGAAUAAGUUCCUUUAAGAUUUUAAUUUACUCAAUAAUAUGUUUUUUGCUAAUGUUUUAAGUGAUUAUGAAAUUCUUUAAUAAGUAAACACUAACAACUGUUCUUUGAUUAUGUAGGAUUAAAUUCUUAUCAAUAAUUCUACAUAUUUAUGGCAUUAAGAGUUUUGUAGCAAUUCACAAAGCUACAUUUAUAUAAUUCAAACAAAAAUAAGUUAUGACCUUAAAAAAUGGCAAAAUUAUAUUUUCUCUAUUGAAUCAAAAGAAUAAUAUUAACCAGAAAUUCUAAUCACUAAACUUGCAAUUUUAAUUUAAAAAUCAAAUUGUAAAUCUUUGGAAAGGAUCAAAAAGUUAUUAAAAAUUAAUGGUAUCCUUCUAUAACAAGAAUAAAUCUCUAUUGAAUCAGAAUCCACUUACUAUAAAUAUUAAGCCUCAAUAAAUACUGGAGAAGUGGAGUAGAAAGAUAUCAACUUGAUUAUUGAACCAACUUAAAACUUUUAAAUUUCAGACAAUUCUGAUAGUGAAUCUAACAAUAUUCCAUCUUUUGAAUUGUCUCAUAAUUUAGAUUAAAAACCAGUAUAUAAAACAUUAAAUGGAAUUUAUACUCCUUAAGACCCAGCAAUUUUCUUAAGGGAUGAUGAUUUAUAAAAUUAGAAGGAAAUAAAUCGAGAAAAAAAUGAAUAAACAUAAUCGAGUGAAGAAUAGAAAUAAAAUUUAAUAUAGAAGGAAGAUGAAAAAGAGUAAAACUAAGUUUUUAUUGUGUAUGAAAAUCCAAUUGGCUGGGUAAAUUAGGAUAGUUAGGAUAUUGAUUUUUUCGAAUUUAAUGAAAAUUAGCGAACUAUUAGAAAUCAAACACCUAUCGAAAGUAGAGAACAAGUUAAAACACAAAACAGUGAUUAACCACAAUAAAAUUUAUAGAGAGAUGCCAAUAGUUAGUAAGAAUCAAAUUAAAUACUUUAACUGCAAUAAAUUUCUUCAUAAAACCACAAUAAUUAAUAAGACGGUAUGAUUAUUGAAUAAUAAGCAACGUUUGAAGAGAUCAUUUUAGAUGAUUAAGAUAAUUCACAAGUUUAAAAUCUGAACAGUCAAUUAUAAUAGUAGUAAUAAUAAUAAUAAUAAUAAUAAUAAUACUAAUAAUAAUAAUAAUAAUAAUACUAAUAAUAAUAAUAAUAAUAAUAAUAAUAAUAAUAAUAAUAAUAAUAAUAAUAAUAAUAAUAAUAAUAAUAAUAACAAUAAUAAUAAUCUGAGACAUAGUCAACCUAAUAUAAUCAGGAGGAUAUUCACAUUAAUUCAGAUAAUAAAAGAUAUAGAUAGUAGUCAGAGGAUAUAUAUGAAAAUCCAGAUAAAUAUGAUCAAUAUUAAGAUUAUACAUCUUUUUAUAGUGAUUAUGAUAGUGAAUAUGAUUUUCAUCCUAGAAGACAUUUAACCCAUCAUCAUAGAUCCCCUAAAAUAAAACACUUUCAUCAUCAUCAUAAAAUAUCUUAAAAUGAGAGAGAUUAUGAAAAUUAAAAUUUAAAUGGAUAGAGUUAUUCUGGCUAGAAAUUGAAUUUAAGAGGAAAUAGAAAAAAUAAUGAUUAUGGAACAUCUCAAGAUGAUACCAUUCCUAUAAUCGCAGAUAGAAUUAUUAUAGAAUACAAUUUUGUUAAUACAAAACAGGAGGAUAUAAAAUUACAUGGAGAUGAAGAUGAAGGAAAACCCAAGAAUAAGAAAGGAGAAGAAGAUGAAGAGGAAUCAAAAAAGGAAAAGACAAAUAAAUCAAAUUCAAAUAAAAGUCAACAAGAAGCAGAAGAUGAUGCUUAAGAAGGAGACAAUUAGAAUGAAGAAUCAUAAUAAAAAACGAGUAAAUCUUAAAAUGCUGCCAAGAGUAAGACAUAAAAUAAAAGCCAAGAUAAAAAUAAGGAAAGUUCUAAAAAUAAAGUAUAAGAUAAGAGUAAAUAGAAAGAGAAUGAUAAAGAGAAAUAGAAACCCAAAGACAAAGAGAAGGAGAAGUCAAAAGCCAAAACUCAGUCUAAAGCUGAUGAUGAGGAUAAAGAAAAAGAGCAAGAGUAAGAUUAGGGAGAUGGAGAAUAACAAAACGAAGACUAAGAGAAUUAAGAAGAAAAAAAUGAAGAUUAGGAGAAUGCAGAGGAAGGAGGACAAGAUUAAGAGUAAGAGAAUAAUGAAGAAAAAGAGAAUGCUGAAGACAAUGAAAAUGGAGAGGAUAAGGGGGAAGAGAUGGAUGAAGAUGAUUAAUGGAGAGGGUUCAGUUCAAAAGACAAGGAAAAAAAAAAGGGUAAAAGCAAAGGCAAUGGAAACAAAGAAGAGGAAGGGGAAGAAGACGAAGAAUUGUAUGAUGGAAAUGGAAGAUACAUAAGAAAUCAUCCGUAUUAUUAACAUAGAAAGAAUAAAAAAUCACAUUAUCCAUAUAACUAUCCAGGUAGAUACCCUGGAGAUGAAUUAUUCGAUGAAGAUUUAUUGUGGAAUUAUAGGUGUAUGAAUAGACAAAACAGAUUUUAAAAUUUCGGAAAUCCAUUCAAUGGUUAUCCUUACAGACAUCAUUAAAGUGUUACUUCAAAUCCAUAAUAUAGUGGUAACCCAUAUUUAAGACUUAAUCCAUACACUAGACAGACUUCUAGUACAAGUUGUGUUCCUUGGAUGGUUCGAUAAAAUUAUCCUCCAUAUCCAAGCUAUGGUAGGUACUCAAAUUUCUAUAGGGGAAAAUAUUAAGAUCCGGACUAUCAAUUAAAAGAAAUGUGGCUUAGAUAGCAAUAAUAAUAACAUUCAAAGCAGCAAGUAUAGAAAUACAGAGAUUAAGUUGGUUAUUUUAAUUGUUAUGGUUAUGACGACAUGAGACCAAAUUAUUAUGAGGCAUAUUAAGGAAUAGUAGAAGAAGAUCCUCGUUAUUAGGUGUAUAAUAGGAAUAUUGAUGAUCCAAAUGUUUUUAGUCCAUUUGAUGAAACUGUUCAUUAUGGACACAGUUAUGUUAGUGAGAAGCAUUUUAAUCCGAAAUAGGGAUCAAAACCAUUGAGUCAUAGAAUGGUGUCAAAGAAGGUAGACUUCCAAUAGCAAGAGAAUAAUAGCUGCUUAUAAGUGUUUGACUAGUGCUAUUAUAAGGGAAGAAGUGUAAAUUUGUGUGGAGAGUAUCCAGUUAUACCAUAAGGUUUGAAUGGAUUUAAAAUAUUUUCUUAUAUUGUGCCUGAUAAUCUUGAAAUUAGAUUUGCAUAAUCAGAUUAGAAUGAAGAUAAUGUAUCUGAUAUAUCUGGUUCUGAGGAAUGCUUGCAAAUACCUUAUGAAUUAAUACCACAAUCAUAAUGA